AUGGAUCCUGAAUUAUCAUUAUAUAUUGAUAAAGCACAACUUGACGAUGAUGAGACUCGCCUCAUAUUCAAUCCUCCUUGUAAAAUCUAUUCACAAAUAAGUGGAUUUAUUUCGCCUAAUCCUAAUAAUGUUAAUUCCAUAGGUAUCCCAAAAUCACAAAACUCUUUUUUCUUAUACCGCAAAAAUUAUACUGCUAAACAUAAAUCUUCUAGGAGUAAAAAGGAUUGGAAAAUACUUUCAAAGGAAGCCGGCAAUGCCUGGAGUUUGCAAUUUACAUUGGUCAUCAAUUAUGAAUGA